GAUUAUUGGAAAUCCAGCGAUCGAUGUACGACGUACGACGACGAAUCGCUUAAGAUAUUCCUACGAGUCUUUAAAUACAUUUAUAUAAGAGAGCAAAGGGAAGUUGGAUUCACGCUUUAUCAGAAUGAUCGCUCGUUCGCCGCGAAUAUGGAAGAUGCAACUUGCGAUGAUUCGCGUAUCAGCAGGAAACGUGUCCGACGUCGAAUAUAUCCAGCGUGUCGUCGCAUAGAUUUUCAUAAUCCAGUCGUGUAAAGAGAGAGAAAGAUCAAGAAUGUAUAUACGUGUGUGCCUAUGUGUGUAUGCUUGUGUAUGCAAGUCUUCGCGCGCGCAUGUGUGUGUGUGUGUGUGGAGAGAGAGAAAGAGAGAGAGAUAGGUCAAGUCGCAGCAAGCGCCGAGCGGCAAUGUGCACGCAUGCAUAAUGCCAAGCAUAACCAAGUGGUUUAUUUAUAACGUCGCGGAAAUACACUCGGUGCCUUUAUUGUAAAACGUUGUGUAACGCUCGUUGUGUAACGUAAUCAAUGAUACUCUCCGUCCUGAACGUCUACAAACUUACGUAUGCACGUACGUACGUGUACAUAACCCUAUGUAUUUAUGUAUGCAAAUAUGUUCAAUGCGUCCGAUAGUGAAGAUUUCUUCAAAUUGCAUAAAUAAAAAAAGGAAAAAGGAAAAAGAACGAAAAAGAAAAGACAAUGGAUAAUGAGAAUCAAUAAUUACGUCAAAAAUAUAAAUCCUCGGAAAGAUAUACAAUGAUGUAAAUGAGUAAAUAAAUGUUCACAUUGUUUCGACCGAUUAGAUAUUUUUUUGACGAAUUAAAAUACGAAGAAAAAAAGAAACAACGAUAGUUUUAUUUAUCUCGAGAAGAUACUUCGUUUCUAGAAAAAAUAUUAUAACGUCGAUUGUUUCGAUCGAUCGAUGUUGUUUUGCUUGGGAAAACAUGGCUACCGUUUUCAAAGGAAGUUACGCCGUUUUAGUAAGAACUUUCGAUAAAAUACGUGGAAAUAGAUGCGAUCGCGUCGCUUUACGGUCUAUUGGAACUCGUACUAGGUGUGAAAAUGACAGGAAGAGAAUUCGUAUAUCUCUGGGUGUCCUCACAGGUGCAGCCACCACCUGUGGAUCCAUUUUGUAUUUCCUCGACAGCUCGGUCAAGGCCAACGGCGUGCAAGCCAUGCCACCGAGUUACCCCUGGAAGCUCGAUAAAUUUUUGGGUUCUCUCGAUCAUAGUGCUGUACGAAGAGGCUGGCAGGUUUAUAAAGCGGUCUGUAGCGCUUGUCACAGUCUUGAAUUCGUUCGUUUUAUGGAUUUGAUCGAGGUGUCGCAUACGAAAGAGGAAAUCAUUGCUAUUGCGUCCGAAUACGAGGUAAGAUUUAAUCCCAUCGUUCAAAUUUAUUUCUAUUCUUUUAUUUUUUUAUUUUUUAAACAGAUCGACGAUGGACCAGACGAGGAAGGAAAUUAUUACAAAAGACCUGGAAGACUACCCGAUAAGGUACCGCCGCCGUUCCCGAACGAGGAAGCAUCGAGAGCUGCCAAUAACGGUGCUUAUCCGCCGGAUUUGAGCUACAUAAUAAAUGCCAGAAAAAACGGACGAAAUUAUGUAUUCUCUUUACUUACUGGCUUCAUGGAACCACCUGCAGGUGUGACCCUAACGGAAACCCAACAUUUCAAUCCCUAUUUUUUGGGAACUGCGCUCUCCAUGACAGAGUUGCUUCACGAUGGCAUCUUGGAAUACGAUGACGGCACACCAGCGACCAAAUCGCAAAUGGCAAAGGACGUCGUAGAAUUUCUUUCCUGGUCGAGUGGACAAGAUCACGACAAGCGAAAACUGAUGACUAUAAAGGCCAUCGGAAUUGGUAUCAUUGCUCUAAUGACCGUAUGGUACAUGAAAAAAAGUAUAUGGUCAGUCGUACUCAAUGAGCGGAUCUUCAGUAUAUCCAGAGAUAAAUGCAAAUAGAAAAAAAAGAAAAAGGAAAGGAAGAACGUUUCCUCCUUCCUUCCUAUCUCAACAGAAUUCUUGAACGAUACGAUCUUUAAAACGUAAGUGCCCAGUUAUAAUAGUUUCUAACGAUUGUACAGUGUAUCAUAUGUAAUUACCGUGUAAUCGACGAAGCAAAAAUAAAAAGAAAACACUAAGAAAAUAAA